AUUUUUCCCAAAAAAAGAUUGGUAUUUCAUGCUGUAAGUCAGGACGUAAAGUGAAAGCACCACGUGGACAGCUGAACACUAAUAACUCCUCAUCCAAUCCUUAACUUACACACAUUCAUCAAUUCCUCAUCCACUUUAUCAACAACACACCCAAAACCAAAACUUUCUAAAACCAAACUAACAAACUCCACUCACCCGUGUGUUAUCCACUCUUUGCCAUGGCUGGUUUGCUGGAAACUAUCGCAGUUCCUCGUGCCGCUGCUUUGCCUUCGUCGGCAUCAUUGGCUUCUAUUGCUGGUUCUUCCCUUUCUGGUCGUCGAUCUUUUAUUAGUUUCUCUGUGUUCAAUGGUCUUAAGUUCCAGUCGACUUGUUCAUCAGUGUCCUUUGCCUCAUUUUCAAAAUCUGGUGGCAAUGGUAGAGGAGCAAGAAUUGUCUGUGAGGCUCAGGAUACUGCUGUUCUAGUGCCUGCUGUUAAUGAUCAAACAUGGGAGUCUCUUGUAAUCGGAUCUGAUAAACCUGUUCUGGUUGAAUUUUGGGCUCCAUGGUGUGGUCCAUGCCGAAUGAUUCACCCCGUUAUCGAUGAACUAUCUCAGGAAUUUGCAGACAAGUUUAAAUUCUUCAAGGUGAACACAGAUGAAAGUCCUGGCAUCGCGACCAGAUAUGGGAUUCGUAGUAUCCCAACCGUCAUGAUUUUCAAGGCUGGGGAGAAGAAAGAUACAGUCAUUGGUGCAGUACCUAAAACAACGUUGACGGCCUGCAUAGAAAAAUUCUUGUAAAAUGGUACAUAUGUAGAUAUAUGUUCUAUGAGAGAAUUUAGAUCUUUUAUAUAUUUUCGCUCUUUGCCUUUGGUGCUGCAAGAAUUAACUUGAUAGACCUGAGAUACAUCUGUAUAGUUAUGUUAUAUGCUAUGUUUCCACUUUUGGCGUUA